GGGCUUUUGUCUUUUAUCUCAAAAAAUAUAUCAAUCGGUUUAGAAAAAGGAAAAGAAAAAGAGCUCCGAUAGUUGGCUGAAUUGAUGAAAUAAUAUCACCAUUGGACCAGGAUCGACCAGUAAAUCUGCACCACGUCGUCCUCCGAUGAGCUCCAUCACCGCCGCGUCUCAGUCGCCGCAGCAGCAACAGGUGAAACGGAUAUUGGAGGGAGUAGAAGAUGAGCACGGGGGUGUGAUUGUCGAAAUGACCAAGGAGCCCUUGGACGCCUCCCUCUUUACUUCUUUACUCCAUUCUUCUAUUUCCGACUGGAAACGCCAGGGAAAAAAAGGUGUCUGGAUCAAAUUGCCAAUUGAACUUGUUAAUCUUGUUGAGCCUGCUGUUAAGGCAGGGUUCUAUUUCCACCAUGCAGAACCAAGUUAUUUGAUGCUCGUGCAUUGGCUUCCGGUUGUUGCGAACACUCUUCCAGCAAAUGCCUCACAUCGAGUUGGAAUUGGUGCUUUUGUCAUGAAUGACAAUGAUGAGGUUCUAGUUGUCCAAGAAAAGAGUGGAAAAUUUCGUGGAACAGGUGUUUGGAAGUUCCCGACGGGGGUUGUUGAUGAGGGGGAAGAUAUAUGUGAUGCUGCAGUCCGCGAAGUGAAAGAAGAGACUGGAGUUGAUGCAAAGUUUGUGGAAGUGUUAGCAUUCAGACAAAGUCAUAAGUCGUUCUUCGACAAGUCAGAUUUGUUCUUCGUCUGCAUGUUGCAACCUCUUUCCUUUGAAAUUCAGCCACAAGAAGCAGAGAUCGAGGCAGCCCAGUGGAUGCCAUUUGAAGAGUAUUCAGCUCAGCCAAUGGUGCAGAAAAACCAGUUGUUUCAGUACGUGUCAAAGGUUUGCCUAGCAAAGAAACACAGGCAGUAUGCUGGAUUUGUCCCGGUACCUGUGGGGAGUGAUCCUUUAGGGCAGGAAACAUAUUAUGUAUACUUAAAUAGGCAAAGCCUGAGUGGUUAUUAACAAACAAUUUAUAUGGGGACUCAACUGGUGAUUGAUUGGGAUUGGUGUUUGUGUGUGAACCCCCGGUUGGUCAUGUUUAGACUGAAAUGUUAAGAAAUAAGAAGCCCGCCUUGUAAGGUUUGCCGAGUAAUAUGUACACAAAGAUAAUUGUAUCCGCAUACAUUAUUUCAUUUUCUCUGCGGUUAGUUCAAUUCAGUAUUCAGAAGCUUAUUAGAGUGGAGAAUGGUGUUGUAGUAGGAACAAACAGAAUUAAAAGAAGUUUAAUGAGAUGGAGUAAAUGAUGAUAAUUUGGG